AUGACGACCCUCAAUGUCUUGACAGGAAUCGUGGCGGCGCUUACGAUUCUGACUUCCAACGAACCAUCGGAGCUGUCCUUGCAACAGCAUCUCGAAAUUGCCCCGGAUCUGGCCGCGUAUACGAACCUCACUGUCGAGGGAGAGCCCGAGUCUUUGAUGAUGGCACAGCCCGUGCCUCAUCAGCCCACCGACAAGAAGCGCGUCAAGGUUUACGAACUGCGCAACAAUGACUGGUUCGAUCGAGGUACCGGAUUCUGUAGCGCGAGCUACGAGACUCUUGACGACGGACGUAAAGACCCGCGCGUUGUUGUCGAAUCCGAAGAUCACCCCGACCGUCUCCUACUAGAAACAAAGAUUCAGAAGGAAGAUGGAUUCCAGAAGCAGCAAGGCAAGCCAUCAUAUACCCUGAUUGUAUGGCAGGAACCCAGCAGCGGCGUUGAUAUGGCACUCAGUUUCCAGGAAGCUGAAGGAUGUGCCAUGAUCUGGCGCUUCGUGAGCAAUGUCCAGCAAACCUUUCACAAUCACCUUCCUGGUGCCGACGACGGUCUUUCCGAUGAUCUUGCUAUUGACGUUCCGCCAGCUAUUAACUUGCCCAGCGCCGAACUCGGAAACCUCGGCGACAUUGAAUCAACUAUGCGAAUGAUGAGUACUACAGCCAAUGGCCGUGACGCGCUCGCUAAGGCAAUUAUGGCUGAAGAUUUCAUCGGCAAAAUUGUCCCUCUGGUUGAGAUGGCUGAGGACCUAGAAAGCCUACAGGAUUUACACCGACUCUGCAACAUUAUGAAGACAGUUAUUCUUCUCAACGACACUUCGAUUAUAGAGCAUGCGGUUUCAGACGAAUGUGUUUUGGGUGUCGUCGGGGCACUUGAGUAUGAUCCCGACUUUCCUAGCCACAAAGCCAACCAUCGCCACUGGUUGGGCAACCAAGGUCGAUAUAAGGAAGUUGUUCGCAUUGAGGAUGAGCAGAUAAGGAGAAAGAUUCACCAGACAUAUCGAUUACAGUACUUGAAGGACGUUGUUCUUGCGCGCAUACUCGACGACCCUACCUUCUCCGUCCUCAACUCACUCAUCUUUUUCAACCAGGUUGAUAUUGUUCAGCAUUUGCAAGCUAACGCCGCCUUCCUUAACGAGUUGUUUGGUGUUUUCAAUCCCGCGAACAAUGACCAGAAGAGGAAGAAGGAAGCCGUUCUCUUCAUCCAGCAAUGUUGCGCCAUCGCCAAGAAUAUCCAACCGCCAGCGCGCCAGACGUUAUACAACAACUUUAUUGCCCACGGUCUUCUACAAGUCAUCCACUUUGGACUGCGGCACCACGAUGUGGGCGUUAGAGUCGGAGCCACAGACAUCUUAAUUUCCAUCAUCGAUCACGACCCUCAGAUGAUUCGCCAGACAUUGUACCGACAGAUGCACGAAAAUCAGACCCCUCUGACCGACUCUUUGAUCGAUCUUCUGCUGGUGGAAGUUGACCUUGGUGUCAAAUCCCAAAUAUCAGAAGCACUGAAAGUUCUCCUGGAUCCCGGUCCACCACCACCGAUGCAAAACCCAGAAAAUUUCGCAAAAGCAAAUGGCGAGUUCGUUGGAAGACAGAGAACCCAGGGCGCUACUGACCCUCAGCAAGACGUUUUCCUACACCGAUUUUACGAACGAUCAGCACCAAGGCUAUUCAAACCCCUAGUCGAAUUAGAGAAGCGAACGGACAUGAACUUCACAGUGCAGCAAGCGUCGAUGUUUACGUAUCUCGUUGAGAUUCUCACAUUCUUCGUCCGCCAACACAACUUGCGCUGCAAGUUCUACGUAAUGUCCAACGACAUCGCCAAACGAAUCUCUCAACUUCUUGCAUGCCCCGAGAAAUUCUUACGACUAGUUGCUAUCCGCUUUUUCCGAUCGUUGAUAGGACUUCAGGAUGAGUUUUACAUCAAGCACCUUACAGAGAAGCAGAUUUUGGGUCCCAUACUUCAAGUACUCAUCGAGACUAUGCCUCGAGACAAUCUGUUGGACUCGGCGUCACUCGAGUUUUUUGAGUUUAUCAAGAAGGAGAACGUGAAAGACCUUAUUAAGCACCUUGUGGCCAAUUACAGAGAACAGCUAAUGUCUUUGAGCUACAUGCCGACAUUCCGGGACAUUGUGCUUCGGUACGACCAGACUCAAGGGUACACAUCGAAUGUGGAUUACUUCCUAGAAGUAGAAGAUGAGAUGGGCAGAAGACCUCAACCUAACCAAAGAAUGGUCGAGCAGAUUACCGUCGAGCAGGAACAGGAGGAAUACUGGGCAACAUCUGACCCCGAAGAAGAUGACCAGUCAAGUAAGGAGGGGGCGAAGACACCCUCUACAAAUGGAUCUACCACUUCCAAGUUACUUGUGGAUUAUGCCUCCGACGAGGAGACGGAUGAAAACGCGGACCCCGAGGCAACACCGGAUAGCCAGCAGAGCGACGUAGCAUCCGAUGCCAUGGGCUCACCGAUCGACUCGAGUCUCGGAGGAGGCAUCCCACCACCUGAACGCCUCGCAGAGAAGCGCCGGCGUGAAGAGGAAGAAGACGAGGACGAGAUUGGCAAGAUGAUGCAAAGCAAGAGGCGUAACAGCAGCGGCUCAGUCACCGCAGUCUCAGGCAAUACUCGUGGCCUAACAAGACGCAAGAGCUUCAACGUGAACUCUCCUAGCGGAGGUACCAAGAAGAUCGCGAUCAGUCUCUCCUCCGGCCUAAAAACAGGUAGCGGCCCUGGAUCCAACGAAGAGUCGUAA